AUGGCAAGCGGCGCAUUGUCGCAAUCGUCGCGCAACGCGCCGCUGGCCUCGGAGCUGGCGGAACCAGGGCCGCGCGCGCCGGGCAGAUGCGCUCCGCCACGGGCCAAUCAGGACCGCACCUGCGAGCGCUGCACGCUGCGCGUCGCUGAAUGGCGACGCGCGCAUUGCGCUUCCACGCGCCUUCCAGUUCCGCCCCCGCUUCCCCCGUGCCCCCUGUGCUCUGCUUUCCGCCCCGCCCCUCGCCGCCCCUCGCUUACCCGGUGUGAGCACCAGCAGGCGUCACGAGUGUGCGUGGGAAGGCAUGUCUUGGUGGUGCUCCGGAAAAGUCAAGGCAUGGAAGCUGUGCAGACUGGAGUGCUUGCACUUGCUCGCCUGUGCGCUCCUUCCCACUCCCGCCGUGACCGCCCCUCUCCGCCGUCCCCGUGCGCCCAGGGCCCAGCUGGAAGAUACCGCGAAGCACGGCUCGGGAGCAGCUGGCGAGGGUCCACGUGGCAGCUGAGGAGUGGGCGAGCAGCAGCGGGCGGGGGGGAUGGGCGCGGGAGAAUGGGUGGCGUGGGGCAGGCGCGAGCAAGCGUGGAUGAGCUAGCGGGCGUGCUGGUGUUGUCCGCGGUGCCCUUCGUGGCAGUGAAGGCACUGGCCAACAGCGGGGUGGGCGGGCAGCUCAGUCAACGCCUGCAGCACCGCCUGCCCGACCUCCGACAGGCCGCUGAGAAGGUGGAGGCGCAGCGGGAGGAGGCGCGGGAACAGAGCCCGUGGUACGGAGCAUAUCGCCCGCGCUGGCUGGACCCCCUGGCAGUGCCCGGCGCGUACCCGCCCCACCUGGACGGCCGCGUGGCGGGUGACUUUGCCUUCGACCCUGCGGGCCUCGCUCGUGACCCCGCUGCCUUCCAGCGCUACUGCAAUCUGGAGAUCCUGCACGCGCGGUGGGCGAUGCUGGGCGCGCUGGGAGCGGUGGUGCCGGAGGUGCUGCAGCGGUACAGCAACACCACCUUCUUAGAGCCCGUGUGGUGGCGCGUCGGCGCUGCCAAGCUGGCGGGCGAUGACCUCGACUACCUGGGCGUGCCGGGGCUGCACGUUGCAGGGGGACAGGGCGUGGUCGUCAUUGCCAUCGCACAAUUCCUGCUCAUGCUGGGGCCAGAGUACGCGCGGUACACGGGCAUAGCAGCGUUGGAGCCGCUGGGGGUGUUCCUGCCGGGGGACAUCAACCACCCGGGGGGCUGGCUCUUCGACCCGCUGGGGCUCGCCAACCAUGCACAGCGGUUCGAAGACAUGAAGGUGCGAGAGAUCAAGAACGGGCGGGUGGCAAUGGUGGCGUGGGUGGGCUUUGCGGCGCAGGCAGUGGUGAGAGGGCAGGGCGUGCUGGAUGACUGGGACGCCUUCCUCAGCGACCCCCUGCAUAACAACGCCAUUGCAUUUGCACUGCACUAG